CCCAUACUCCAAAAAGUCUAAAACCAAUUUCAAAAAUAACCAAAAAUGACUACAGAAUCUUUCAUUAAUAAUCCUGAAACUGAGAAACGUUGGCUAAUUCAGUGCACCAAAUCCUUCAAAUUAGACAAAGAAACAGCCAUUGAUUUCUCUCCAUAUAUUUGUCAAGUUCCCAAAACCAUUAAAGAAAGUAAAAUCCAAUCUUAUAUCCCUCAAAAAAUAGGCCUUGGACCAUACCAUUGUUUUCGUCCAGAGUUUUUUGUCACUGAAAGACACAAACUAACUAUAGCCAAAAAUUGCAUGGAUUUUUCCAAAGUCCAACAUUUGAUAACUGAGACAUUAAUAUUUUUUGAGCCAAUAAUUAGAGCACAGUAUGAUAAGUUCUUGGAUAUUGAUACUCAUGCACUAUGUUGGAUAUUGACCAUUGAUUCUCUCUACUUGCUUCACUUCUUAAAUAGUUAUAUACCAUAUCAAGAAAUAGAUUCUGAAGGUCGAAGCUUGGCACAAGAAAAAGAAAUAGAUUCUGAACGUCGAAGCUUGGCUCAAGACAUCAUAAUGCUUGAGAAUCAAAUCCCAUGUGUAGUUCUCAUUGAAAUCCAAAUGGCUCUCAAUCAACCUUACUCAAAGCUAUUUAAAGAUUUGUUCUUCAAUUUCUGCAAAGCACACUCUCCUCUCCAACUUUCGGAGAAAAGGAAGUUUCGCAGUUUCAAGUUUUGCAAGGCUCUCUCUCCUCAUUUGCUGGCUUAUAUGCAUCAAUUGAUCGUCAAUAAUCGCGCGAUUAUUGAAGAGGAGGGAGAAGAAUAUGAUGAUUCAAAAUGUUAUUUUGAUGGGUAUAAUAGGUCUUUUGAAGAUCAUAUUGUUGUGAAAGUAGUGAAAAAUAUUGCUGGUAUUAUUCCAGGAGGUGACAUUGUUGAGAAACCAAUGAGUUUGAUGUCCCAAUUGCCAUGGGACCAUAUCACUGGACUAAUAACAAAGGAAGAUGAAAACAAACCGCAAAUUGAAGAGAUUGAAAUACCAUCAGUCACAGAACUUGAAGAAAUAGCCAAGGUAAAAUUCAAGCUCACGGAAGGAGGCAUAAGGGAUAUAAAAUUUGUAGAAGAAGGAAGCGAACACACAUUUUAUCUUCCUCAAAUCACACUUAAUUCCGAUACAGAAGUAAUAUUAAGAAACUUAGUAGCAUACGAAGCAGCUACUGCUAGUCCAGAAUCAUCCCUCGAGCUAGCUGAAUAUGUUGACUUCAUGUGUGGAAUUGUUGAUACCACAAAAGAUGUUAAUAUUCUCAAAAAAGCUAAUAUUAUUAAAGAUGGAAGUUCUCUAAAUGAUGAGGAAAUUGCUGAAUUAUUCAAUGGGAUAACUAAAACAAGUGGGAAAUUCAACAAGAAGAAGUCGGAUUUAGAGAAGGCUAUUGAAACAGUGAAUGAGAAAUUUGAUAAUACAUUAAGGGUGAAGACUUAUAGGUUUAUCAAGAAGUAUAUUUAUACUUCUUGGAAGUUUUUAACGUUGUUUUCUACUGUACUGCUUAUUUUACUGAUUUGUUUGCAAGUGUUUUGCCAAGUUUAUGGCUGCAGCAACCGGUGGUUUCGUACUUCUUCUUGAUCAUUUCACUUUCGUUUUUUUUUGUGUGUGUGUGUGUUUUGGUUUGUUGUUUCGACUGAUCAGAAGGAGAUGAUGCUUGUAAUUUUCUGUUUCCUGUCUUUGGCUUGUAUAAUUAGAGGCGGAGCUAGGAUUUGAAGUUUAUGGGUUCUGAAUUUUCCACGGAACUCAUAACUCGUCUUAGUUAUUGGGUUCGCAAUUAAAUAUUUAUACAUAA